ACAAAUGUGUUAAAAGCAGCAAAUUUUUUGCUUUAAUUUUAAGUAAUGUGAUUCUUAUAACGUGCAUUUAUUAUAUUUAUAUAAGAUAAAUCAUGGUUUUCAAUAAUUAGGGUGAGUUGUAAAUCUUUACAAAAUGGGGAUUAUGUAUGAAAAACGGCCUUUAAAAAGGCCUCGUCUGGGUCCCCCUGAUGUAUAUCCACAGGAACCACGUCAAAAAGAGGACGAGCUUACAUCAACAAACGUUAAACAUGGUUUUUCCACCACACCACAAUCUAGCGAUGAAUUUGGUACCGCAAGGAAUUUUAAUUAUUCUGCCUCGAAGAUAGGACAAUUCUUCUCAAGCAUAUUAUCAAAGAAAGAAGAACUGAACACACUACCAGACUGUGGCCGGAAGAGACAGCAAGUGAAUCCCAAAGAUAACUUUUGGCCCGCCACAGCGAGGACCAAACCACAAAUAGAAGCAUGGUUCAAAGACUUAGCUGGUAGCAAACCUUUAUCAAUAUUGGCAAAAAAAGCACCAAAUUUUAACAAGAAGGAGGAAAUUUUUAUAACACUGACAGAAUAUCAAGUGGCAAUGCCAAGAGCUGCAUGGUUCAUAAAGCUUAGUUCAGCCUACACAGUGGCAGUCUCGGAGGCUAAGAUUAAGAAAAGACAGUUACCUGAUCCUACUACAGAAUGGACAACUACAUUAAUAAAGUUUCUAAAAGACCAAAUACCAAAGCUGGCGGAGCAUUAUCAAAGUGCAGUGCCCACCAACCCAUUGGAAAAGACACCACCAUCACAAUCAGGUCAAGGCACACCUAGUCACAAUUCUUCCGGAAGCCAGCCUGGUGGCACUACUCCCAAUUCAACUCUGUCAAACUCUAUGCACUCACCUGGAAACUCCAUUAGUACAAUAGAGAGUAUGGAUUGGCGGCAAUCACUCAAGUUAUGGAACUACUGCUGUCGGCUUGCACGCUACAUGCUGGACGAGGGUCUGCUGGACCGACAUGACUUCCUCACGUGGAUUAUAGAACUGCUUGAUAAAAGGGCACCUGAAGAUGGCCUGUUGAGGUUGUUCUUACCAUUAGCAUUACAACAUAUGAGUGAGUUUGUGUGUUGUGAGGGUCUGUCACGCCGGCUGGCCACCACCUGCGCCAAGAAGGCCGCGGCCAUUUGCUCCGUACUCUCUGAUACCACACUGCGAGCACUUAACCAGCCCGCUGUAUUCACGAAAACUGCAGAUGGAAGUGAUAAAGUAAAUGGCAUACCAAUGUCACCAGCACCAGAAAACACAAACGGAGAUGUGAAACCAAAUGUUAACCAAAUAAAGCGUUCAGCGACUCCUGCUGAGAGCCAGGGAACACCGAACCCCAACCAUUCUAUGGGGACACCAAACCCAAACCAUUCCAUUGGUACCCCUAUACCAAUGGGUACACCAAACCCAUCACAACCCAUGGAUGUUCAAGUAAAAGAAGAGAGAGGAUCUCCACCCAGAGAUGUUAAGACAACCCUAAAUACAGUCAUAACUGCCGCACUAAAUCCAGUGCAAAUGGGAUUCAGUGAAAUACUAAAUUGUCAAUAUCACAGAGAUAUUAUAAUACAGUUAGCUACAGUAUUACAGAUAAUCUGCAUAGAAUGUCCGACAGCUAUGGUGUGGUCUGGCUGCGGGUCUUCAAUGCAAGGCUCCCCCCUCGACCUGCUCCCCCUACCACCAUCAGCCUUACCCAUGCCGCAUAUGGACUCCGAUGUUACUGAACAUCAUAGGAAGUUGGUUUAUGAAGCUGAACAAGAAAUAGCAGCAAGGAGUAAAAAGGCUGAAAGCAAAUGGUGCACUGACAAAUGGCAAACUAGUUCACAAGCGCGUGUUCUAGCGGUAUUGGAAGCGUUAGACCGCCAUUGCUUCGACCGCGUGGACCCCAACAACAACCUCGAUACAUUGUACAAAGAGGUGUUCGCAAACUGCACGCCUCCCGCCACCAAAGACUCUUCCACUGAUACCAAAGAUCCCGAAUCUACGGACAAGUUACUGUUAAAAUUUCAACCUAACGCUCUAAAAUAUUUCUUUAUUUCAGGUUCCGAUGAUAAAGAAUCUAUAAGUUCGGGAACCGGACUGUACAAUGGGCCGCCGAUUUUUCAAAAUCUUCUCCUGAGAUUUCUGGACAAUGAUGCACCGGUGUUAGACGAGAGUCCAAACGCUCCGCCGGGAAAUCGUCAGCAGUUCGCGAAUCUGGUGCAUCUGUUCGGUGAACUCAUACGCAGGGAUGUUUUCUCACACGACGCAUACAUGUGUACACUCAUAUCUAGAGGGGAUCUAGUAUCGCCUACGGAGCCUACGUCAUCGGGCGGAUCUGGCGGGCACACGGUGGCGCCCCCUGUCACCAGCACCGGCACCAAUCACAACAUGGACGAUGAUAUAUUUGCCAGUAUUGAUCUUAAACCUAAAAUGGAGGAAAAUGUGCGAUUGGAGUUAGACGACUCAAAAAUCGACGACGAUCUAGAUAAAAUAUUGCAACACAUAAAAGAGGAUCAGCAGAAUUCAAUGGAUGCGCCCGACAGUCCCAAAGAUCCUGGAGAACCAGUGCAUAGUUUAAAUUCACCAAUGAUGGGUCCGAGUGGGAUGAGCAUUGCCAACAUGCAGAGUAUAGGGAUGGGGCCGAUGUCGGUACCAGGUAUCCGCAGCAGCAGUUCCUGUGGUGGUGUGGGGGGUGUGCCGGCGGGGGAAAUCUGCAAGUUAUUUUCAAAAAAGUUCUCCAUUGACGUUGCUGAAGGAGGCAAGAUAAAGAAACAUUCCAGAAGUGAGUUUAACUUCGAGGCUGUCACGCAGAAGUUUCAGGCGAUGUCAAUGUACGAGCAAGGCGCGGUGUCGUGGGCGGUGGGCGGCGCGGUGUGCGAGGCGCUGGCCGCGUACGCCGCCGCCGCCACCACCUACCUGCCGCAGCCCGAGCACGUCGCCUUCGCACUCGACCUCAUGGAGAUCGCGCUCAACGUGCACGGCCUCAUUGAAACUUGCAUACAGGUAUUAAAAGAGCUGUCAGAAGUGGAAGGCGCGUUGAUAACUCGCGGCGCGCCCAGCAGCGGGCUGGCGGCGCCGCGCGCCUACACCUCCGCGCUGGCGCUCUGCACCGUGGGCGCGCUUAGGCGAUACCACUCCUGUUUACUAUGUAACGACUUGUCCGCCCGCGAUGGUAAGCCGAGCGGCAAGAAGUCCAGCGAUCUGUCGCACAUACUAGGCACCAGCGACACCGUGCCUACGGACGCCCAACUUGAUCUAAUGUCGAUGGUAGAAUCAGAGAUCAGUGGGGGCCAUAGAACUCCUAGGGGCAGUGGAGGCGUGGGGUCGACGCUACUCGACUCGUCGCAGUCUCUGUCGUCCCUCGCACGGCGCAUGCUCGCAGAGAUCUGCAGCGAAGAGUGGGUGCUGCAGAAGUGUCUGCAGAACCCUGACGAACUCUACUUACCUGAUAUGCUGCUGGACUCCAUGCUCACACCGAGGCAGGCACAAAGAUUGCUGCACAUGAUAUGCUAUCCGGAUACAGCUAGUCAUACACACCCCGAUCUAGAUCAGAAGACUAUGAUCACGCGAUUAUUAGAGAACCUGGAGCAGUGGUCGUUGCGCAUGUCGUGGCUGGACCUGCAGCUGAUGUUCAAGCAGUUCGAGCCGGGCUCGCCGGACCGCUCCUACCAGCUCACCGCCGACUGGGCGCUGCUGCUCACGCAGCUGCUCGCGAACCAACUCAUCGACGCCUACAAUAACACGCUGUGCCGCAGCAACCUGUUCACGACAUUAAUCGACAUGCUGGCGACGUUAAUCCAUUCCACGCUGGCGGAGGGCGGCGACGACAACAACAGGAAGCACUACCAGAACCUCAUGAAGAAGCUCAAGAAGGAGAUAGGUGACAGGCACGGGCCCUCCGUACAGAGUGUGCGACAACUGCUCCCCCUCUCAAAGAAUACUAUCAUUGAGGUGAUCGCUUGCGAGCCUUUAGGCUGUUUAGUGGACCAAAAGGGAAACAAAAUAUCUGGCUUCGACAGUGAUAAGAAACAGGGUCUGCGGCUGACGGACAAGCAGCGCGUGUCGAGCUGGGAGCUGGUGGAGGGUGGCAGAAACCCCGCCCCCCUCUCCUGGGCCUGGUUCGCGGCCACCAAGAUAGAACGGAAACCUCUCACUUAUGAAAAUGCUCACAGGUUAUUAAAAUAUCAUACACACAGUCUCGUCCAACCACAAAGCUAUUAUUUAGAAUCAAUUCCGUUGCCGCCUGAAGAUUUGGAGACAAAUGACAAUAAACAGGACAACGGCAGCUUGGACUCGAGCCCAACGGGAGCCGGCAAGGGACGCAAAAUGCCCUGCAAAAAUAAUAAAGCCAAAAAACCUAAAGUGGCCACACCCACAAACGUGGGCGGUGUGGUGGGCGUGGGCGGCGUGGGGCUGUCGGCGCCGGCGCAGCAGCCGCAGUUCAUACAGUCGCAGCAGCAGUGGUUCCCGCCGCCCGGAGCCACGUAUUACAACCCACCUGCGGCUGGUGUGAGUCCGCGCUCGGUGACGCAAGCCUCGACGACGCAGUGCAAGCAGGCGCUCAGCAACAUGCUGCGUCAGCGAGUGCCCUUCAACCAGAUGACGCAGAUGCAGCAGAAUACGGGGUACCCCGGCGCACCGCACGCCCGCGCGCCCUUCCCCCGGCAAGGCAUGCGACAAAUGCAGCCCAAUCAGAUGUCGCAGAUGCAGCCCAAUCAAAUGAACCCCAUGAGUGCGAUGGGCAAUAUGGGUCCAAUGGGACAAAUAGGUGGUGUCCAAAUGGGACCGGGGCAAAUGGGCGCCGGUCAGAUGGGAAGCGGGCAAAUGAGCCAGAGCCAGAUGGGCGGCGGGCAGAUGGGCAGCGGCCAGAUGCCCGGCAUGGGCGGCCAGAUGUUCGGAAACCAGUAUGGUGGUAUGCAGCAAGGUUAUGGAGGAUACGGACAGCAAAUGAUGCAAGGUGGCCAACAACAAAUGAUGAACCAAGGCAUGGGUCAAAGUGUCAAUCAAAUGAGUCAGCAAGUAAACCAAAUGGGUCAGGGUGUCAACUCUUUAGGACAAAAUGUUAGUCAAAUGAGCCAAGGCGUCGGUCAAGGUGGACAGAUGCCACAGGGUAUGGGACAAAUGGGACAAAGCAUGGGACAGAUGGGUCAGGCUAUGAGCCAGAUGGGGCAAAUGGGACAAGGUGGUGGUAUGGGACAAAUGAACAGUCAGACCUCAUCGAUGGGACCGCAAGGAGGCAGUGCCAUGGGUGGAUUCCUCGGACAACAAUCAUUCCAACAUCAACAGAAUAUGAUGAGUGGGCGAGCGAGUCAAGAAGCAUUCCUAGCACAACAAAGGCAAAAUGCUCGCCCGCAGUACAUGCAAGCGCCUAACGUAACGAUGGGUGGUAUGAGCGGCCCUGCGCCGCCGUACCCACGCACCAUGCAGCCGCAGCAGGGCGCGCAGUACGGCCAGCAGCUAACGCCGCAGCUGCGCAUGCGCCAGCAGGUGCUCGCUAUGCAGCAACAGCAGCAGCAGGGCCCGCUGGUGCAGCACCUGCAGCGCCAGCAGUACCAGCCACCCUACUGAACUACUACUAAUAUGGUCCUUGAUCUAAUGAUGUUAGAAUAAAAAAAAGUAGUGUGGUAACAUCUUUAAAAUUCACUGUCCCAUAAAUUUAUAUGUAUAUCUUAAAAGUAACAAAUGUAAUAUUUUAGAUGAAUUUUUUGUACAUAUUAUUUUCUGAUAGAUAUAAGAGAAAUACUAGGAUGUUAAAAAUGAACUAAAAAGAUAAAUGAAAU